UAUAAUAAGAGUUUGGAUGGUUAGUCUUCCAGACUGGCUUCAGGCACCAUGGUUCAUCACUCAGCCUGUGUGCUGUUGCUGCUGCUCACCUGCCUGGCAGGUUUUUCUGCCAGUGAAACUGAGCACAGUGGAACCAUGGUGGACAUCUCAUACGGGCCGUCCGCAGUUGAGAUCAGUGGGUUUUCCAUAGUGACAGUGGGGAUCCCCUACAGCUUCCAGUGCACAGCCAACUGCUACCCAGGCUGCAAGUUCACCUGGACCAGGGGUAACGUGACCUCUCAGGGGCCAGAGCUGACCCUGCAGCUCCUGCACAUAGAGCCAACAAAGACCCUGACCUGCACAGUGGUGAACCCCACAACAGGGAAGUCAGUCUCUGUCCACAAGACGCUGCAAGUGACAGCUGGACCGUCGAACAUACGGAUCAGCGGUCCUCCCAUGCUGACUUACGGUUUUGAAUCCAACUUUACCUGCUCAGCCAGCUGCUACCCCUCCUGCAGCUACUCAUGGGCUGUUAUCCUGGACGGUCAGAAGUACCAAACUGCACAAGGCAACACAAUCUCUGUCACUCCACCUUACAACACUGUCAUCUCUGAAACUCUCCUCUGCCAGGCUGAGGACACCGUCUCACAUCUCUUCAUCUCUACAACUCUGAAGCUGUGGGUGGCAAGUUUAUCGGACAUCAGCAUCGAUGGUGACCACACGGUGACGAUGGGAAAACAGUACAAGUUCAUAUGCUUUGCCACAUGCAUCCCAUCCUGCACUUUCACAUGGAAGUACAUGGGGAAGACUUUCCUGGGUGACCAAAUCCAGAUGCCCAUCUUGCACCAGGGGAAACCAAAGUUUUACAGUCAACUUGAGAUCAACCUUAGCGACUACUCGAAAAUAGAGCCACUGACCUGUGAGGCAACAAACUCUAUAUCUCACGCCACUCUCACCACCACUAUGAACCUCACCGUCAUUGACCCCAUCUCAGUGCGUCCCACCUCUCAGGCCCAACCAGUGGCAGGCGAGUCUUUCUCUCUGCAGUGUGCUGGCUCUCAGAACCCAGCCUCCAUCACAUGGCUGAAGAACAAACACCCAGUGCUAGCAUCUGAAAGAGUGCGGUUCUCCCCUGACAACACCACGAUGAGCUUCAGUCCUCUCCUGCAGACGGAUGAUGGUUUAUACCAGUGUGUGGUGGCAGAGGGGGAGCUCCCCAUCCAGUCUGUCAGCUACAAGAUGCAAGUAAAAUAUGGGCCGUCUUCAGUGGUGAUCAGUGGGGUCGACAUAGUGACAGUGGGAAAACUGUAUGUUUUCCAGUGCUCAGCCAGCUGCUACCCGACCUGUAAGUUCACCUGGACCUGUGGUAAUGUGACCUCUCGGGGUCCGGAGCUGAGUUUGCAGGUUGAGGAACUACACCCGACACAAAACCUGACCUGCACAGCAGUUAAUCCUGCUACAUCAAUGUCAGUCACCGCCCAGAAGACGCUGCAAGUGACAGCUGGACCAUCAAAUGUACAGAUCAGCGGUCCAGCCUUUAUGACUGCAGGGGUUGCGUCUAACUUUACCUGCUCUGCUGACUGCUACCCCUCCUGCAGCUACACCUGGACUGUUGGCUCUGGAGAAGAGAUCCUCAGUACCGCACAGGGCAACACAAUUUCUGUCACUCCACCUCCAGGCACCGUCACCUCUGAAACGCUCGUCUGUAAAGCUGAGGACACCGUCACACUUCUCUCGUCCUCUUCGAGGCUGCAUCUCUGGGUGGCAAGCUUAUCUAACGUUACCAUCACUGGUGACAGCACAGUGUCGAUUGGAAAACAGUACACAUUCAUAUGCUCGGCCACAUGCAUCCCAUCCUGCACCUUUACGCUGACAUACAUGGGGAAGACUUAUGAGAGAAGUGAGCUGCAGAUCAUCGCUAGUGACUUCUCUAUAACUGAACCUCUGACCUGUGUGGUCACAAACACAGUAUCUAAUGCCACUCUCACCACCACUAAGAACCUCACUGUGAUUGACCCGUUUUCAGUGCGUCCCACCUCUCAGGCUCUACCGGUUGCAGGCGAGUCUUUCUCUCUGCAAUGUGCUGGCUCUCAGAAGCCAGCCUCCAUCACAUGGCUGAAGAACAAACACCCAAUGCUAGCGUCUGAAAGAGUGUGGUUCUCCCCUGACAACACCACGAUGAGCUUCAGUCCUCUCCUGCGAGCGGAUGGAGGUUUAUACCAAUGUUUGGUACUAGAGGAUGGAAACCACGACCACAACAACAAGAGUCGACAAGAGUCUAGAACUCCCAUCCUGUCUGUUGGCUACCUGAUGCAUGUAAACUAUGGGCCAGACGAGGUGCAGAUUGUGCAACGCAGCAAAGGGCCAGUGGGUGAGGAGAUGGUCGUCCUGACCGGGUCCACAACAGAGCUGCAGUGUUUGACUGACUGCUUCCCCGUCUGCUCCAUCACCUGGUUUUACCAUGACAAAUUUCUGUCCACAAAUUCCUCCAUACUCUUCACACCUGUAACACCUCCAUACAAGGCUGCUCUCACCUGUGUGGCGUUCAACCCUGUGACAAAGGAAAACAGAACCGCUGAGACUGUCGUGGUGGUGCCUGAGGGACCAAAGAACGUGGUGAUUUCAGGACCAGACUCUCUUGAAAUUGGGGUCCCGGCGAGCUUUACAUGCUCAGCUGAGUGCACUCCUUCCUGCAGCUUCACGUGGACCGUGUACGGGAAGAACGUGACGGGCAGCGCCAUCGACAUCUCUGUGAACCGCCACGUUUCCAAGGAGUCCAUCAGCUGCCGGGCUGAGAACACGUUCACCGGGAAGACGGCGAUGAUCAGCGAGACGCUCGGUGUCUCAGAUCCUCACUGGUGUGGAUGUUGAGACGCUGGAGGGAAACGACAUUCUCCUGACAGUCCGGUUAUCUUCUUAUUAAUGACACUUACUAUACAUAUAUGACUGUUUGCUCAAGCACUGUGUACUCUCACUGUGAUGGCCUAAGCAGGGCGUUUCCCUGCAUAAUGCAUGCUGGGACAGGUCCAAACUCUUUGUGACCAUGAACAAGAUUAGACGGCACAGACAAAGGACGUAUGGAUCGUGUGCUUGAGUAAUAGGUUACUGGGUUUUAAUAACACAAAGCUAAUCUGGUUUUUUCCCAUGAUGUAUGACCAUUUCUCUUGCCAAACAAUAUGCACUAUUAUACUUAAUAAACAAUGAAGCACUGGA